AUGAGCUCCUUCCCGGGCCCCUUUCCUUCUGGACCCUGCUCUGUAAAGGGGUUGAGGCUGCAAAUGUGCCAAGCUGGCAGCAGGGGUGGGCCCUGAAUGAAAGGAGACACCGACGUCAGGCAGCCUGGAAUGGAUGCCUGGAAUGGAAGGACCCCUUCAGCCGUGGUCGGCGCACCUGCCCCCUGGGGGCCACUGGAUGGAGAGGGAGAGAAACCAAAGAUUGGAAAAGAAGGAUUGAGUUGCAGAAUGGGUCACAAGCAGAAGGCAGAAGGGACUCAGAAUUGGGGAAGCUGCUUUUCCACUGACCUCGGGGACAGCUGUCCGGGUGGGAGACGGGACUUGGGCCUCAGGAAACGGCCUGCCAGGUUGGACGUGAGGGAUGCUGUGGCCUCUCCCCACCCCGCCCCCCUAGCCACCUUCCUCACAAUGGGGUUCAUUGCUGAGGUGGGAGGGGCAUCCUAGGAAGGGUCCAGCUGGGGGCCUGCCAGCCAGACAGCCUCGGGGAACCUGCCCUUCAAGAUGAACCAUACCAUCCGGGCUCCCCCACUCCCAGUGCGCUCUUAGCUCUGCCUGCCUGGCGUAGGGUCCUGGAGGCCUUCUUGGAGCUCAUCCAGCAACCAUCAUGCAAGGUGGUGCUGGGGGCUGCCCUCUUACUGGGCGGUGGAGGCCUCAUGCUGUGGAUUCAGAGGAGGAGGAGAAGGAAGACAUCCCCUGCUCCUGCCCAGGAGGAGCAGGGGCCACCCGAAGGUCACCAAGCAAAGAAUGAGAACUGGAUUAAGUCUCACUUUAGCCGCCUUUCUGAAGAGAAGCUGGCCGCCAGCAGCAGCACCCCCCCUGCCCCCGAGAGUGGCCGUGGGGCGGCCGGCACCACGGUGCGCACAGAGACCUUCACCACCAGGCAAGGAGAGGUGGGCGCAGCUCUGCACCAGCAGUCCUUCGCCAGCAAGCAGAGGUUGUCUGGCUCCUCGCUGACCAGAGAGACCCAGCGGGAGUCUGGAAGAUCCUCGUCCACGGAUGCGGCCACCUGGGCUGCUGUAGCCACCUGUACCAAGGAGAUGGACAACCUGGGACAGCAGCUGGCUCAUUCCAUGUUGCAGCGUGCCAUGAUUUACCAGAACUCAGGCCACCUGGAGUCCAAAGACAUCAACCAGGAGGAGCUGAAGGGCCUCGAGGAGGUGGAGUUGAAGCUGAAGGGGAAUUUCCUCACUCAGCGAGAAACCGCGGUAGCCGGCAUGAACCACACACACACCUUCCAUGGCCACGGUCCCCACGGCCACCAGGGGCAUCCGAGCCACCCGAGCCACAGCCUGCCCGACCGCAGCCACCACACCUACCACCCCUUUGAAGCCAUCACCUAACCACAGACGGAGACGCCCCUUCCCCCGACAGGCUGGCACACAAGCGUGGGCCUGUUUUCUCUCCUGUGGGGCAGCCCGUGUGGCCCAGGGUGAGAGGCUGCCGCCCAACACCCUUCUUCCUCAGCCCCCCACGGGGCUCCUGGGCCCCUUCAAGUCUGUGAGUAGGGUCUGUCACGGAGAAUGGCUCCCGAUGGAGGGGCAGGUGGAAGGAAGGGAAGCAGCCGAGACACACGCCCGGGCCCCUGAAGACCCACCGAGAGAAGCCCGGUGAGGCAGAUCCCGGGAGCAGCUGAGAGCCCCCAGACUGACGCCAGAUGCCUGGAACUGAGCCAAUAAAGCCUUGUAUACCCUCAUUCUGAGUCUGGGGGGCUCUGUGGCCAGCCUCAGGACUGGGCGGGGAUGCGGGGAGAGGGUUCCGCUCCCACAGUCCUCUUCGUGUGGCCCUUGGCUUGGGCUUUUUGCUGGGCUGAUUCAAGACUCCACAAAUCAGCUUCCCCAGGUCUCAGGUUCUGGGGAUGGGACGUCUCCCGGGAGCUCAGCACCCACCAACCCGCUCUUGGCCAGGGAAGGAGGAAGCGGCCAGGUGUUGAGAGGUGGGGGGAGAGACAGGCUUUCAGAAGCUAGUAAGCAAGGUGGGGUGUGGGUCUCCUGUCCUCUUGGUGUCAUCUUCACCCUAUCUCCUGCUGCUCGAGUCGUGUGGCCUCCUGCACUGCAGUGCUCUCUCCCUGCCCCACCUGCUUUCCGGGGCCGCUGGGAUCCCCAUUAAUGCCUCCCCCGCCUACCUUCAGAGCUGUUGUGCCAUAUACUCUCUCUUCCUGUUUAUGUUACCGUGGCUGGGGCUGCUGCUGGUACUACGGAUGAGUGGUAUUACUAGUACUACGGGCUGCUGCUGGUACUAUGGAUUAGUGGUAUUACUAGUACUACCAGCAGCUCCCUCUUUUUUUUUUUCUUUUCAGUUUUUAGUAUGUGCCAUGUUCUAUGUUAAGUGUUACAGCACAGUCCCAUGGAGACAGUAUUGCGUUACCUCCGUUCUGCAGAUGAGACACCUGAGGCUCAGAGCUGUAAUUCACCUGACAGGGCAUCGACACAGAAGAUGCUGGUCCAAUCCUCUCCGGGGUUGGCGACUCACACAUGGGGGCACUCACACUGGCCAAGGACCAGCACCUUUGGAACAAGACAGAAGGAGGCUCCUGGCCUGACGUGG